UCAGUAAGUGCAGCCACAGGCGCUUCAAUCUUUAGUCCGAACGACAAAUUUUUGGUAUCGGUUCGUGCAAGCAAAAGUCAUUGCAUUAAUUACUCAAUAUUAAUUAUAAAGUUAUAAUAGAUUAGUAGAAAAAAUUACGAGUAUUUUUAACUUAAAUUUAUAGAGGUUGUUACGCAAAAAGGCCAUACAAAAUGUCAGACCGUAAAGCUGUGAUCAAAAACGCCGACAUGUCGGAGGAGAUGCAACAAGAUGCCGUUGAUUGUGCAACUCAAGCACUAGAGAAAUACAAUAUUGAAAAGGAUAUUGCUGCAUUUAUAAAAAAAGAAUUCGAUAAAAAAUACAACCCAACGUGGCAUUGUAUUGUUGGACGCAAUUUCGGCAGCUAUGUAACACAUGAAACAAGACAUUUCAUAUACUUUUACUUAGGUCAGGUAGCAAUUCUUCUAUUCAAGAGUGGAUAAGCUGGUUUCUUACUCUCUUAUCUUAAAUUAUAUUUCCCUAUCCUCUAUCAAUUUCGUAAUCAAUAUAAAAUUUUUCAAUUCAAAUUAAAUAUGUGAACAUUUAUAUAUAAAUAUAUAUAUAUUUAUAUAUAUAUAUACUGGUUGUAACCGAUAAAGAUAUAUAACAUAAAAAUCUAAUGAAUAUAUCAAUUUCCGAUAUUGUUAAUUCUCCGGAUAAUAAAGUUUUAAAUGCUAACUUAGAAAAAAAAGUCUAAGAGUAUGAAAACUUACUAGAAAAAAAGACAUACUCCUUUACAUGAUGGAAUGUAUCGCGUAUGCCAAAAAAAAAACUGUUGUGUUCUGUUUUAUAUUAGGUAUAUUUUAUAGUUAAGUUCAGUGCUGGCGGUUUUUACUCAAAGAAUUUAUGAGAAUGGAAAUUGACAUUUAAAUAUUAAUGUACAAAUUGAUGUAUACUUAAAGAUCAAAAAUUAAAUUGUAUCAUCUCUUGAAUGACAGAAAACUAGUGAAUAACAGUCGCCAAUAUUGAAUAUUAAUUUUCAUAUUUACGUUACCUAUAAUUUUAUAAAAAAUAAAACAAAUUUAAAUCAUCUGUAUCUGUAUAACGUACAUUUUUUAUGCACGAUUAGUAUGCACUUGAAUAUCAAAAUUAAAAGCUAUAAAAACAAUGAUAUAGUAAUAGCAUAACAAAAGAAUAUCUUAUUCAUUAAGAAAGUAAUGAAUCAAUCUAUAUGUGUUACCGCCACUAUACAUUAUAAGUAGCAAAAAUCUUACCAGCUUAUCGUGAUAUAUUUGUAAAUUAAAAAAAAAUUAAUUGUUUGAAUUUGAAAA